AUGGCUGAACCUCAGCACACAAGCAGCAACGGAGCUGCUCACGGUGAUGCCAACUCUGAACAUGCAUCAGAGAGAAUGCCACCAAAGAGGCUACAGAGGUUUGAUUCACUGCACAUGGAGGCUGGAAUGAUCCCUGGUGGAUCAACACAUGCAGCCAAGGUUGGCUGGGCGACCACACUGCAUUUAGCAUUCCAGAGCAUAGGUGUGGUUUAUGGAGACAUGGGGACUUCUCCUCUCUACGUUUUCUCCAGCACCUUUACAAAAGGGAUCAACAACACGGAUGACCUCCUUGGAGUCAUGUCUCUAAUUAUCUACACUGUGAUUCUCCUUCCGUUGAUAAAAUAUUGUUUCAUUGUCCUGCGAGCUAAUGACAAUGGUGAUGGAGGAACAUUUGCACUUUAUUCAUUGAUAUCAAGGUAUGCCAGGAUUAGCUUGAUACCUAAUCAGCAGGCUGAAGAUGCAAUGGUUUCUCACUACAAGUUAGAGUCUCCCACAAAUCGUAUCAAGAGGGCUCAUUGGAUCAAGAAGAAGAUGGAAAACAGUCCAAAAUUUAAGGUCAUGCUUUUCCUAGUGACAGUCCUGGCAACAUCCAUGGUGAUUGGUGAUGGUGUUCUAACUCCAUCUAUGUCAGUACUUAGCGCUGUUGGGGGGAUCCAACAAAAAGCAACAAACCUGACUCAAGGACAGAUUGUUGGCAUUUCAAUAGCCAUAUUGAUCGUCCUGUUUCUUGUUCAGCACUUUGGCACAGACAAAGUUGGUUACACAUUUGCCCCAAUAAUCUUGACAUGGUUCCUCUUGAUUGCUGGUAUUGGAGCUUAUAAUUUGAUCAAACAUGAUGCUAGUGUCCUGAAAGCAUUCAAUCCAAAAUAUAUUGUGGACUAUUUCAAAAGGAAUGGGAAGCAGGGCUGGAUCUCUCUUGGAGGAGUUAUUUUAUGCAUUACAGGAACUGAGGCAAUGUUUGCCGACCUUGGUCACUUCAAUGUGAGAGCUGUUCAGAUUGGCUUUUCAGUAGUUCUGUUCCCUUCAGUACUGCUGGCAUACAUUGGACAAGCUGCAUAUCUUCGUAUCUACCCAGAAAAUGUUGCAAAUACAUUCUACAAAUCAAUUCCAGGUCCGUUGUAUUGGCCAACAUUUGUGGUGGCUGUAGCUGCUGCUAUAAUUGCAAGCCAAGCUAUGAUAUCUGGUGCCUUUGCAAUUAUUGCUCAGUCCCAAGUUCUAGGUUGCUUUCCACGUGUUCGUGUCACCCACACAUCAACGAAGUUUGAAGGACAGGUCUACAUCCCGGAGAUCAACUAUGUGUUGAUGGUUUUGUGUGUAGCUGUUACAGCUAUUUUCCAAACUACAGAAAAGAUUGGCAAUGCAUAUGGUAUUGCUGUUGUCUUUGUGAUGUUUAUAACAACACUUCUGGUCACUUUAGUAAUGGUUAUGAUAUGGAAGACAAGUCUGCUAUGGAUUGCACUCUUUCUAGUAAUAAUUGGUGGAGCAGAGCUCAUAUACUUAUCUUCGGCACUCUACAAGUUCACUCAAGGUGGCUACUUGCCACUAGCUUUUGCAGCAAUUUUGAUGUUUAUAAUGGCCACAUGGCAUUAUGUCCAUGUUCAUCGAUACAACUAUGAGCUCCAGAACAAAGUAUCAAGUAACUAUGUGGCAGAAUUGGCCACUAGGAGGAAUCUGACCAGGUUGCCAGGGAUAGGCUUUUUGUACUCUGAGCUUGUGCAAGGCAUCCCACCCAUACUUCCUCACUUGGUAGAAAGGGUACCUUCCAUCCAUUCAGUUCUUGUGAUUAUCUCAAUAAAGUACUUACCGAUCAGCAAAAUAGAAACAAGCGAGCGGUUCCUUUUCCGAUAUGUGGAGCCAAGAGAUUACAGGGUAUUCCGAUGUGUGGUGCGCUAUGGAUACAAUGAUAAAGUAGAAGAUCCAAGAGAAUUUGAGGGCUUACUUAUUGAACAUUUGAAACAAUUUAUCCAUCAAGAAUCAUUUUACAGCCCAGGAGGAGAUAAUUCAGCAGAAGAAAUAGAAGAUGCAAUUGAGCCUUCCAUGAGAGUUCAAGAGGCAACAAUGUCCGAUAGUUCUUCAGACAGAAGCACUGCUGCUCCAUCAAAUGGAUGCAUCUAUGAGAUCCAAACAAUACAGAGAGAGAUGGAGGAUGGUAUCGUCCAUAUGCUAGGAGAAGCUAAUGUGGUGGCAGAAACAAAUGCAGAUUUAUUUAAGAAGAUAAUAGUUGACUAUGCUUACAACUUCAUAAGGAAGAACUUCAGGCAACCAGAGAGGAUAACAUGUGUCCCUCAUAACAGACUGCUACGGGUUGGAAUGACAUAUGAGAUCUAG